AUGCCCGUUGCAAUUAUCACCGGCGCCAGUUCGGGAAUCGGCAAAGGUACUGCUCUCCUGUUCGCCAAGAAUAAUUACAAACUUUCUCUUACUGGACGAAAUACCGAUGCUUUGAAAGAGGUGGCAGCUCUCUGUGUUUCAGAAGGGGGCCUCGACAUCAAUGAUAUACUCAUAACGGCCGUGGAGUUGAGUUCUGAAGAAGCGCCAAAAAUGAUCGUUGACUUAACCAUUCAGAAAUUUGGUAGAAUUGAUUCUCUGAUCAAUUCUGCUGGAAUCCUGCGUGCCGGUCCCGUGCUCGAAUCGGGAAUUGAAGUGUACGACGAGCUGAUGAAUGUGAAUGUCCGUAGCUUGGUCAGACUGACUCGUGCCGCCCUUCCCCAUAUCAUCAAUACCAAAGGGACUGUUGUCAAUGUAAGCAGCAUCAAUGGUCCAUGUCCGUUUGCUGGUGUGACCUACUAUUGCAUGACGAAAUCAGCUGUGGAUCAAUUCACGAAAUGCUUAGCUCUGGAAAUGGCACCAAAUGGUGUGAGAGUGAAUGCAGUAUGCCCGGGAGUUAUCGUGACCAACAUUCAUCGCACUUCUGGUCAGGACGAAGCGACAUAUGCUGCUUUCCUCGAGAAGAGCAAAACGACACAUGCACUUGGUCGUCCAGGAACAACUACAGAAGCCGCUGAAGCUAUACUUUUCCUAGCUUCAGAAAAGAGUUCAUUCACAACAGGACAACUUCUGAAGGUGGAUGGUGGACGUGGCAUCAUGCAUCCACGAUGA